AUGAAAUCAAGUGCAUGUAAUGUAUGUGGCGGCACAGAUUUAAAUCUUGUGGAUGGCUUUUAUUAUUGUGUUGAGUGUGGUACGCAGGACCAAAAUAUUCAAGAACGUAUAGUUGAAACUGUUGUCUUCACUGAUGGCACUCAUGCUAAAUACACCACUAAGAAAAUAUAUAACACUAAAAAUGAUGAAGUGGAAAUGAGUUCCGAGUGGUACAAAUGGCAUGCAUAUAACUUUAUCUUAUCAGGACUAACAGAUGAAUUGAUUGCCGCUGGUGCUAAACCAAGUGUAAGAAACAAAAUUCUAUGGAUUUGGACAAGAUAUAUUAAGAAGUAUCAGGUCAAGCAGACUGAACUUUUGGGAGAGUUCUUCGGUAAUGAGCACAAAGAUCAUACAGAAACAGAUUGUAACUAUUUAUCUAAACAUAAUAAAGAAAAAGAAAACAAUAAUUUGAAUGCAAUAAAAUCAUUUGCUCUUAAAGACAAUAAAAUGUGUUGCCCAAUUACUUCUAAAGAUGACGAAAAGGAUGAUUGCAAUUUACGUAUGCAAGAUAAAAAACAGUGCAAAGCAAAUAAUAGCUAUAGAAGUAAGGAUAAUAAUGUUUCCCAAGAUGAUGAUGAUGAAUUUCUUCUUGAUAGUGAUGAAGAAGUUUCCAUAUCAUCAGAUGAUGAAAAUAGUAUUGAGCAUGACGAGUUUAGUUUAAAAAAUGAAAAGAAGAUAAGAAAUAUGUACAGAAUUCACCCAAUGAGAAAAGGUGUUAUAAUUGCUAUAUUCUAUAUUGCUUUAAAUUUGGAUAGAAGUCAUAUUCACUUAUCUCAUUUAAAAAGACUCUUAAAGAGUGAGCAAAUUAAUAUUAAAAACUGUACAAAAUAUGUUCCUGAAGACCUGGAUGUUAGAAAAAUCCCACAUUUUUUAAGGUUUAGAAACUCAUUAUGGAAUGAAUAUUCCACUACACAAAUUUGUACUAUUGUAAAUAGUCUCUUUAAUAACCUUGAUUUAGGUUUACCUUUAAUACCAGAUAUAAGAAAAAUUAUUGAUGAUUUUAUGACAGAGCUCUGUUUGCCAAAUGAUUUUAAGUGCUUCAUAGAGUCAUUGAUACACCACUACCCAUGUAGAUACUUUAAAGUCAGCCAGCAAAUCAGAGAAUUCACAUUUAUUGCUGAUUUUGAAACUAUCUGUAUGGCUUAUGUAGUAAUAGCGCUAAAAAUGUGUUUUGGCUUAGACUCUGACUAUGAAGUUAGGCUUACCGAUGUAGUUGAUAAAAUUAAUGAAGAAAAUAAUUACCCUAAGGCAUUUAACAUAAACACAAACUCUGGCAGCACACAAAGACUGUUUUCUUUUAAAGACUGGUGUGCAUAUCUUAGAACACGAAAAAUGGUGGUAUGCAAGCAUAAUUUAUUCAUGGAUAAUUACUGUCAGACCCAGAUUGCUGAUGAAUAUGUAUUUUUAGAACAUCUUCAAGAAAGGAAGAAACAUCAAAUGACUUUAGGACAAGAAAUAUCUAUGGAGAUAAUUAAUAAGAUUCCAAUAGAAGACAAAGUAUCUGUUAUACCUAAAGAUGAAUUUAAUCUGAUUAACAUUCCAAUGACAUCAGCAACAAAUGUAAUAUUAGAAUAUUUGCAAGAUCCAGACAUACGGCUUGUGCUUAGUGAAGAUUUUACUCAAUAUAGUCUUGAUUAUGUUACAAAAUAUUUGAGUUUAAAAGAAAAUAGCCUAGAAAGAAAUAUUAUUCAAGGAGUAACUUUAGACAACAAAAUAAAUAAUCCGGUAGGUCCCAAUGGCAUGGCAACAUUCCAUAAGACAUCUAGGGAAAGUGAAAAUGUAAGUGUAUUUGUUAAAUUUUGCGAUAACGAUGAGUAUAAUUUACUGAAAUCAGAAAAAAAUAAAAAUGCGACUAUGAACGAAAGUAGCUUCAAUAAGGAAUUUACCAUUACUGAAACAGGUUAUGAAGACUAUAAUAAAGAGUCAUCAGAAAUUAUCUUAAGCAAUGAGAGAACAAUAAAAUUUGUUGAUUAUCCAAAUGCGUGUAUAUACGAUGAAGACGAUAAAACUGAAUUAAAAGAAAUAAUAAAGGAAGUGUCAGUUGAUCAACAGCCGGAAACUUUACUUAAUACAUUUUCUCCUGAAGAAUCCACUGCGGAAAACUCAACAAAUUUAACGGCAGUUUCAAAACUUCACGGACCUUACGAUUUACCUCAGAAUUUCGAUCGAAAAGCUAUCAUAGAUGAACUUAUAAAUAUUGCGUAUCAAAAACAUAACAUCAAACCCGUAAGAACAAGGAAAUUAUCUAAACCCCCGGAACGGAAAAAUCCCUCAUCCCUCCCAAAAAAGAAAAAAAAAGAAAAUACUAACAAUUAUAACUUGUUAUCGCUAUAUUAUCAACGUUUGCAGGAAGAAACCAAUAAACAAAGUUAUGUAGGCCCUUCUCCGAAUCAAAAUGUUUCUAAUAACAUUAGUAUAAAUAAUGAUAGUAUAAGGCUUCACAAUACGACGCUUCUUGAUGAUAACAUUGAACCAAAUGCAACUGGGAUAAUGGAAGAUUCAGAUGUAAAAUUUUUGGAAAAUAGUCUUGAUGAUAAAGAAUUAUCAACUGAUGAAAGUGAUGAUGAUUACACAUUGCCACCCAUACUUUCAGAUUCUGAUAUUCUAAAUGGUAAAAGUAUAACGGAAUUGAAUAAAGCCGUAAAAAAUAUACUCAGCAAAGAAAUAAGAGAAUGCGAUGAGCCACCAGCUAAAAAAAUUAAAAAAGAUAAAUCUAAAUUAACAGCCAAAACUGGGGAAAAAAUAUUUUGUGGGGACACAAAAGAAUUAAAAGAAUUUCCGUAUUGGGUAGUUUGGUUCAACAACAUGGGGCCUCGCGCUAAUCAUGUGCCAUUUAAUAAGAAUCUUUAUCAAAGCUUUCCUCAUAGUUUUACAUUUGUCCUGCAUCAUUGUUCUAUGAUUAUAGACUCAUGCCCUUUUCUAAUUUAUAGAACAAUGUACCACAUAGAAAAACUUAUUGCAAAAGAUGUAGGUAAUAGAAACUAUGUUAGGUGA